AUGUCAGACCCGACCUACCAGACAAAGACAACAUGGGAGAAGUACUACUCUUCUAAAGAAGGACACGGCUCUCUUCUUAGCCCACCAGUCACUGACAGCGCUGCAGAGCUGUCUCCUGCCUUUUGGCAUAAUGUGACGGCACUCUUUCAGGAGGAUGAUUCUGCCAUCCAAGACUACAUCGCUCGCAAAUCCCGCCGCUUCGUGCGGCUGAGUCGCAGUAUCGCUGUAACUAAGCGGAGAGAGAUGGUGCAAUUGGGGUGUGAAUUGGAAGAUUUAGCCGGUGUUUCGUUGUUGUGUCACGAGAGCGCGAGUGCGACUUCUUCCCAUGGAUCCCAGUCGUUCCUUCCGCUGGAACUUGAGGCGGAGGAACGGGUCCGGAUUCACUUAACCAUCCCUGCAGCUAUAAACCACAUGACUUCGAUGGGUAUUAUGCCCGCGGACACUGGCCCGCGGAACCUUGUCUGGGAUAGCACGACCGGGACUCUGCGCUCGGAAGUGUUCACCGAAGACGAGCUGCGCAACCAUGCCUACUCCCAAGACCUAAGCUAUUACUAUAGCGUCGGUCCCGGCUCAGUUGGACCGGCCAGGAAGCUCUUCCUUCCUUUCCUUGAGAGUCUGACGACUCCGUUGGGCAAUGGUCCUGGUCAGACCAGCACCGACGCGAAUGGUGGCACCUUCACCGUUCCCAACCUGAUUAUGGCCUUCCUCAACGAUAACCAGAUCUCCGAGAUGACCGCUGCCAUGGGGAUUCUAUCCGAAUGCCAGUUGCCAGAAUGGUCCCGGAAAGAGCUGCCUGCUAUCCGAGUACAUCCGAUCCUGCAGAAGAGCAAGGCAGCCGGCAGUUUCCUUGACUACUGCAACGUGACCGAGUCUACGGAGCCCGUGGCUGGGGCUAGCUUCUUCACAGACCUGUCGCAGGACUUUUUGACGUUCGUCAAGCCGUAA